AGUGAAGUAGACCACCUUCACCUAGUGCUUGGACGAGGGCACCAGUCUCAUAUGGACUACAAUAUUGGCCUAUGUUUGUGGAAAGCAGCCGAGGCAGUAUCAUCUAGUUCGAAUUAUAGCAAUAGUUGUUCUAGUUGUAAUCUUGUGGAACACCAGGAUGAACGAAUACGGCUGGAUCCUGAAUCAAGUUCAUCGUCCGAAGGUUUUCCUACUUCAUCUGGUCCUGCUCGAGUUUUCUGUUUAGAUGAUACCUUUCCGCAUUGGGAAACGCUUUUUGCACAAGCUGCAAAUUUACUGCCCUCUGAAAAAAGACCUGGGGAGAACAAACGUAAAGAGCAACUGUGGAAAACUAUAGAACUGGAGGAAGCACACUGGAGUGGUCUUUCUUCAGGUGCAGCAGGGGAACAUCAAAGUCCAUGGUGGAUGGAGAAUAACAUAUUCUUCGGACAGGCACCACAACAGGGUGAAGAAACAACACCGCACCAGAUGGACAAUGCAUCUUCUUCUAGCGUGAUCGAUCCUUCACUAUAUCAAAACUACAAGUACAAUGAGGAUAAUCAUCUUCCACUUCCUGCUGCUCCUGGUCACGACGACAUCAAUGGUAGGACUCGGUCUCGAAUCAGGGUCGUCCUUGUCGGUCACGGAGCAGACGAGCUUCUAGCUGGAUACGCAAGGCAUGUUUCCAAGUAUCUUGUUGGGCAGGGAGGUACAGGUGAUGACAAAACCGAUUCGCAUUGCUCGUCGCAUAGAAGACCUAGACAGAGCAGGAUGUUCGCAGAGAUGCUGAUAGACCUGGAGAGGUUCUGGCAGCGUAACUUGGGUCGUGACGAUCGUGUCAUUUCUGACUGGGGCUUAGAGUCCCGUCACCCCUUUCUCGGAAAAGAGGUUGUCGACUUUCUAGCCGGGCAUGCGGAGAAGGUGUUGUUACCAGACAAGCAGAUUCUGCGUAGCUUUGCUAGGAAUAGAUUAGAGCUGAAACUAUGCGCGAACUUGGAUAAACGUGCGAUACAGUUUGGAACGGGGAUAGCCAAAAUCUCGAAUAGAAGGGAAUUCGGAAGCAACCGAAAAGCGAACGGAAGAGCUCAAAAACAAUUUCGGGAAGGGAAAUAA